AUGGCCGAAGAUGAAGAAAGAUCGCCGCUCCUGGCGGGCAAGGGCAAAGGCAGGGCCGAAGAUGAUUCCUCAUUGUCCGAAUCAGCGCCUCUGUUAUCCAGCUCCUCUGCGACGCCCCGAUAUGACGGCGAGCAAGACGACCCUGAGAGGUCCCGCGCUGCCUCCCUCGCUUCGAACCCUCCGAGCACAACCACUAAGAGUUCUGUACGAUGGGCAUCCGUGAUAUCCAUCAUCGUAUUGAUAUUGUUGGUCUUUGGUAUCAUGGCCGGUUGCUUUUUCGUACCCUCGGCAGUUCAAGAGUAUGCGAAGCAGGCUGCUGUCGUGGAGCCGACAAAUCUGGCCCUAGAAUCGAUCACGACGGACGGUGUGCGGGCACGUGUUCAGGCCAACUUCAAGCUUGACGGCUCUAGGGUCCAGGACACGACAUCUCGAAGGAUUGGAAAGUUUGCGACUUGGAUUGUGAGGCAAUUGGGAACAGAGCAGACAAAGGUUGGCGUGUUCUUGCCAGAAUACGACGACGCUUUGCUUGGCACUGCUGUCGUGCCGCCACUCACCAUUAGUAUCGUCGAUGGCCAAACGACCGCGAUCGAUUUCAUCGCCGAACUGUCGCCCGGUGACGCCGAAGCGUACCGAAAGAUUGCCAACGAAUGGCUAGAUGGGAAGCUCGACCAGCUGAAGGUGCUUGGAAAGGCCAAUAUCCCACUCAAGUCCGGAAUCCUCCCACUCGGCACUCAUCCAGUGAGCGAGGUCUUGGUAUUUGAAGCGAACCAAAUCCCAACGUUGCCGCAGUAUAAUAUCUCGCGCCUCAACUUCCGGGACUUGCCAGACUCGGACGGCCAGCGAACAGCUGUCGGCGCCGACGUAGCCAUUACCGCCUACAAUGAGUUUCCCGUCAGCUUAGAUGUACCGGAACUUGGGUUUGAAGUUCUGGUUCCCAACUGCAAUUCUUUCGAUCCCUACAUUCUUCUCGCCGACGCCACAACUAAACCCCUCUCAAUCAAGCCACGGACCGAUGUCACUGUCAACGUCUCUGGAAUCAUCCGAGAGCUUCCAAAGUCAUUGACAAGGGUUUGCCCUAACUCCAAGUCGUCACCUCUGGACAAAUUCUUGGAUCAGUACAUGCACGGCGAGGCCGCCACUGUCUACGUCCGUGGUCGCAAAAUGCCGGAUUCGGACACCCCAGACUGGGUCGGCGACAUUUUGUCCGAGAUCACUGUCCCCGUUCCCUUCCCCGGUCAGGGUUUUGACAACCUCAUCAAGAGUUUCUCACUCACUGACGUGAAUUUUCAAUUGCCCGAUCCUAUGGCGGACCCGGAUGACCCUGAUGGAUCGCCAAAGGUUUCCGGUACGGUUGAGGUUCUCGCGAGUCUUCCGAAAGAGAUGAACUUUGACAUCAAUGUCACGGAUUUGAGAGCUACGGCAGACGUCAUAUAUCAACACAAGAAACUCGGGGAACUCAACCUCGACAAGUGGCAGUCCGCUAACUCAACGAAAGAGGCCGGCGACGAAAAACACGAGCCUCUCCUGAGAAUUACGUCCCGGGUCAUUGACGCUCCCCUAAAUAUCACCGAUGGCGAUGUCUUGACCGACGUUAUGCAGAGACUUCUUUUCGGUGGAAAGCAGGUCUUGCUGGACGUCAAGGCCGGUGUCGACAUUCGAGUCAAUACGGCUCUUGGAAACUUGGUCUUGAAGGAUGUCCCUGCUGAGGGCAAAAUCCCGGUAAAACGUCCGUACUAA